GCCAGAUACAUCCGCCUACUGUCGGCGCUGUCGCUUUCUCCGCGUCGCGGUGUAGAAAGCCGCAACGUCGCUCCGUCCACCCUCGAACGCUGUCGCAGCUGAUACAAGGCCUACAGAAGGAGGGCACUGAAGUGUUUGCUAGCGGCGAAAUCCGAAGGCACCAUGACCACAGAUACCGGCAACAAACUUAAGCCCAUCUUCCAGUUGAUUGACGGCAUCAAGAUACCACUCGGCUUUGACGGUGACAAACUACGCUCGGCGCUCAAGUACCAGGCCUCGAGUGGUGACAUCUUCAUUGACACGUUCCCCAAGUGUGGCACCAACUGGACCAAGCGCAUUGCGGAGUUGCUGAUCGGUGGCAAUGAUGUCGCGUCUCAAAAGGAUGGUUACGGCUUGGCGACCACCUUCUUCGAGAUGGUCGGCAAGGAGACCAUAGCGGCCCUACCGGAACCGAGGAUUGUGACCACGCACCUGGAAUAUCAGCUCGUGCCGAAGCAUCCAAGUGCGAAGUACAUCUACGUAGUGCGGAACCCCAAAGACUGCUGCGUGUCCUUCUUCCACCACACGAAGAAGACCAAGGCGUACAACUUCGAGCAAGGCACGUUCGAGGACUACCUACAGCUGUUCAUCAAGGGCGAGACGAGCUUCGGCGACUACUUCGCGCACCUGGUCUCGUGGUAUCCCCACAUAAACGAACCGAACGUGCUCUUCCUCACGUACGAGGGAAUGAAGAAGGACCCGGCGGCCGCCGUGCUCAGGAUUGCCAAGUUCCUGGACGUCCGCGACGCCGAGCUCCUCGACUCGAACUCAAAUCGGUACAAGGAGAUCGUGAGAAACAGCAGCAUCGACGCCAUGAAGGAGCACUACAACGCGAGCUACCAGAAGGCCCUGGGAGGCAACGGCGUCGAUCAAUGGAUCGAGAGGAAGGACUACCCGCUGUCCCGCGCUCCUCCACCGCCCGACGUCAUGGUGCGCAAGGGCAUCAUCGGCGACUGGCGCAACCUCUUCACGGCCGACCAGUCGCGGCGCAUAGAGCAAGCCUUCGUAGAGAAGUGUGGUCGCGUGGUCGACCACAGGGAGAUCUGGAACCCGGAGGACUGGAUGGAUAACGUGGCGUGAACGUAGCCAAGUCCGCUCGAUAGCGUAGUAGUCGCAGUGAAGCGGAUGUUCUGUUACAUCCCUCAUGGUUAACUCAUGUCAUAUAGAGGAAGACCUCAGAACUACUGUCGUUAGGUCAAAUGAGGCACCCACAAAGCUUAAUAGUGUCCCUUUAAUAGCAAUUAUAGACCAAAUGUUCCUGCGGCCUCUCUAUGUACAAGUAUUACCGGAGACACAUUUAAAACAUCGUUAGAGGGCAUUUUAAUACCGCAUCACCAAUAUUAAGGUAACACCAGACUUCAUAUGCACGAAUUAUUAAUGACUGAUAGGUGACACACUGGAUGGCGAAGUGUAUAUAAAGAAACAUUGAUGACUCUGGUUAUUGAGUUAUGGGCGUUCCGAUGACAGAAAUGCCAUUGAGUAAUAGGAGCGAUACAUUGCUACACGUUGAAAAUUUUCAUACUAAGAAGGGCUUCUCUCGAAAUACACUCACAGUGUAUUAUAUUCUUCA